AUGCUGAUGUUGACAUAGUGCAGUUUAAGCAUUCGGGCGCAAUGCCCAUUCGCCCCGAGCACCGAAUGUGCCCGGUGAGUUUUGUGCGCGCGCGCAGCUAGGGAACUCGGGUCUGUGACACGAGACCGAGGCCUGAAAAAAAAAAAGUGAUUCGUCGCAGAACUUUGAACUCCCGGGAAACAGUGCGGUUGGGACGAAACUGCGAUGCCAGCUGUGUUAUUCACACAGCACGUUUUGAACGAUCGCUCGCAAGUAGCCUUGAUAGCAUCGCUACCACUUCUCGUAGCUCUCAUAUUGUUGAUCUAGCGCGUUCUUAGAAGUCAAAUUCGCGGUGGAAUUAUCGCGCCUUAAGUUCCUGUUUCAGAUGUUUUAAGGCCUGGUCCCCUUGGCGCGGUCGUCACCGUGCGUUACCAUGGCGACUCACUUCCCGUGAGCCCGGGUUCGAGUGACUGACCCCAGGCCCCGUGCGGCAGGCCUCGUACGCGCAGCUGACGAGAUCUGGACCAGCGCGAGCUCGGACGAUGGCUGCGGGUUCCAGUCUCGCCCGGUGGGUCUAAGCGGGAGAUCCAGGAGGUCCAGGACGCGUGGAGCUCCAGGUCCUCUUCACGCCCGCGGCCCGGGAAACGGAGUGGGAGAGAAGCGAGCAGCUGCCCUCAUCUGGAUUCCGAAACUGAGAUCUGACUCGUCAGUUAUUUAUACAUUUAUUUGUAUUUGCUUUUAAUUUUAUUUUUGACUGCUUGUUUUUGUUUUCUCUAUAAUCUAUAUCUCCCUAAAAAAAACAAUUGUUUUUUUUAUUUUUUUUUAUUUAAAUGUUUUUUUUUUUUUUGUGAACGAUGUCUCCUGGGUGCAAGUCGGACUCGUGCCGUAUUGGUCUGCUGAACACUCAGUUCUGCCUGUUUCUCUUCAUGACCCGAGGCUGGGUAUAAGAUCCACUGUCUCCCCCCCCCCCGAAACCCCCCAAGGUCUCCAAACCAAAUCACUGGCUCGGCCCUCUGGAACCUCCCCCAGGUCUCCAGACUUCCUAAUCUCCACCCGAACCAUUCACUAAAAAGAAAAAUAAAUAAAUAAAUAGGCCCGCGCAUGUCGGAGAGAAUGCUAUGUCCAAAGAAGAGGAGGCCCGUGAAGGACGAGGACUUCCCCGCCAUCGCCGUCCCGUCGUCGAAAGGGCUGGGGUACCUGGACUACACCAUCGAGGGCCACCCCUCCAGGGCGCUGCAGGUGAUGGACGAGCUGCGGCAGAGCGAGACGCUGUGCGACCUGGUGCUGCACGUCACCUACAAGGACGCCUCCGUCGACUUCAAGGUGCAUAAGGUGGUGCUGGCGGCCUGCAGCCCGUACUUCAAAGCCAUGUUCACCCACAACUUCCGGGAGUGCCACGCCACGGAGGUGACCCUGCGGGACGUGUGCCCGCAGGUGGUGGGGCGCCUGAUCGACUUCGCCUACACCUCGCGCGUGACGGUGGGCGAGAAGUGCGUCCUGCACGUGCUGCUGGCCGCCAUGCGCUACCAGGUGGAGGGCGUGGCCAAGGCCUGCUGCGACUUCCUGUCCAAGAGCCUGGAGCCGGCCAACGUCAUCGGCAUCACCCGAUUCGCCGAGGACGUGGGCUGCAGCGAGCUGCACCUGCGCGGCCGCGAGUACAUCAACACGCACUUCAGCGAGGUGACGAAGCAGGAGGAGUUCUUCUGCCUGUCUCACUGCCAGCUGCUGGAGCUGAUCAGCCAGGACAGCCUGAAGGUGCUGUGCGAGUCGGAGGUGUACAAGGCCUGCAGCGAGUGGGUGGGCUGGGACGUGGAGGGCCGCGCCCAGUACUUCCACGCCCUGCUCAACGCCGUGCACAUCUACGCCCUGCCCGCCAAGUUCCUCAAGAGGCAGCUGCAGUCCUGUCCCAUCCUCAGCAAGGCCAACUCCUGCAGGGACUUCCUGUCCAAGAUCUUCCAGGACAUGUCUCUCCGGAAGCCCCUUCCAAUGGCGCCUCAGCGCGGGAACCAGCUGAUCUACGUGGCGGGCGGGUACAAGGAGCGGUCGGUGCCGUCCAUGGAGGCCUUCGACCCGCGGAAGGGGGCGUGGCUGCGGCUGGCCGACAUGGCGGCGCCCUGCAGCGGCCUGGGCGCCUGCGUCCUGUUCAGCCUCUUCUACACGGUGGGCGGCCGCAACCUGUCCACGCGCGACAACUGCGAGUCGGGCGCCCUGUGCUGCUACAACCCCAUGACCAACCGGUGGGCGCGGCUGGCGCCGCUCGGGGUGCCGCGCAACCGCGUGGGCGUGGCCGCCGUCGACGGCAGCAUCUACGCCGCGGGGGGCGCCCACGGCUCCGCCCACCACAGCACCGUGGAGCGGUACGACCCGGAGACCAACCAGUGGGCAUUCGUGUCGCCCAUGUCGGUGGCGAGGCUGGGGGCGGGCGUGGCGUCCUGCGGCGGCGCGCUCUACGUGGCCGGCGGGUACGACGGGGCGACCCGCUGGAGGACAGCCGAGCGGUACCACCCCGAAACCAACAGCUGGCAGCCCAUCGCCCCCAUGGGCUCGGUCCGCAGCGGGCUGGGUUUGGUAUGCCUGGACGGCCAUCUGUACGCGGUGGGCGGGUACGACGGCCAGGCGCAGCUCUGCACGGUGGAGCGCUACAGCAUCGCCCGGGACGUCUGGGAGCCCGUGGCCUCCAUGAAGCACUGCAGGAGCGCCCACGGUGUCACGGUCUAUCAGGGCAAGAUCUAUGCACUGGGGGGCUUUAACCAGGACGGUUUCCUGGACAGCGUGGAGUGCUACUGCCCGCGUGCGGACGAGUGGACCUUCAGCACCGCCAUGCCCGUGGGCCGCAGCGGCAUGGGCGUGGCCGUCACCAUGGAGCCCUGCCCGGGCAGCCUGCCCCCCGAGGAGGAGGAGGAGCCCGAGGAGCAGGAGGACGGUGGCCCGUGAGGGACAAACCCACGCCUUCGGAAGGCAGGCGCGUUGUUACAGACCUCGCCGUCGCUACGGAGAUGACCUGCGCCGUGACGCCUGUUGGUUUUUCCGAGGGGCUGGUUGGAUCAUUUGUACGCGUUUAUAAAUAUGAAACGAUGGUAUCGGUUCGUUCGUGAGCUUUCGAUCGCACGUUACCGAGCGUUACCGGUUUCCGAGCGGAGACGAGAGUAGCCAAUAGCAGAACGGACCUUCGCUCGUCGGGGGGAGGAGCCAGUUUGUGCUCUCCCAAACGGGGGAGGGGCACGAGCAGUGGCCCCAGUUUGCAGUGGCGUGUGACACAAAUGCUAAGAAAACUACGAAGAACAUUUUGAGGAAAUUCACACGAUGGGACAUUUGAAAUAUGCCCCUUUUUGGACUGUGUGCAAAUAAGACGACAGAACUGCUGACAGAACUGAAGAACUGAAGCACAAGUCGGACAGGUAUAAUUUAAACGAGGUUCGCCGAUUCAGAUGUGUAAUUUACAUGAUUUUUUUUCCUUUUGAUUUUUCCAUCCGUGCAAUCAGAAAUAAAUGCCUUCUUGUACGUACUGCUCUUA